GAAGUAUCGUAGUUUUGCUAUAAAAAUACGAGAUUUAAAAAUUGUUCACUAUAAAAAAUGAAUUUUGAUGACAGUUUUUUUGAGGACCUUUCUAGUAAUACAAAAGAGAAAAAGAAACAAUAUCCUUAUUCCGUUCGACGACAAGACGUUCGUGUAAGUAAAAAUUGUAAAUAAAAAAUUAAAAACUACUAUGGGCAUUUUUGCCUUACUCCUCAGAAAAAAAGCAAAGAUCAAAGGAUGCUGAUGCACACAACCCCUCAGAAACAGCUUUUUCAACCCCCCUCAGAAAUUCUCGUCGAUAGAGGGGUGUGCAUAUUAAAUGGAAUGGCCCUAUGUUCUAGUGGUGUAGACGAUAGUGAUAACCCAGUGUGGAAAGUUUGUAUCGUGCGGCCGAGUGGCAGCCAUUUAUAGACAGAGUGGAAUAAUAAAGUAGGGCACAUUGCCACUUAAAGGGUCGAUUGACUGUUAUUUGUAUUAUUUUGUAGUGGUUCUUGUCAGAUAACAACAGUUCAGACAACACCAGGGUGAUUGAGCAGUUGAAAUAUAAAGCAGAUUAUCUGUACGCUCAAAGUAAAUAUACUGAAACAAUAAAAUGUUAUGAGCAGCUUUCGCAAUUAAUUCCUCCAUCAAACACUGUGUUGACGCAAGAAGUUUGUGAAUCGAGGGUUAUGUGUUUGACAAAACUUGACGAAACUGAGCAGGCAGAGACAUGCUUAAAACAAAUGGUAUGCUUCAUUUGAUGAAUUGUUUUUUAACUAUAUAUAUAUAUAUAUAUAUAUAUAUAUAUAUAUAUAUAUAUAUAUAUAUAUAUAUAUAUAUAUAUAUAUAUAUAUAUAUAUAUAUAUAUAUAUAUAUAUAUGUCGACUCCUAUCCAGUUGCUGCAUGAGCAGUUCUCAGCAGGUCCCAUAGACUUAGAUCAAGUCCUUCUCUCCAGAGACAGAGUCCGAGUCGCGAAGCGUUAUUGCACCUUGCGCCAGUGGCGGAAAUUCACUUUUUCCGGGGGGGGGCAAAGCCUCCUAAAUUUCCAACAAAACUCUCAAAUUUCCGACAUACCCCCCAUUUGCACUCGAAAAGACUGUUUUUAGCCCUCUUUUAGGUCAAAAUUUCUGAAAAAUUUUUCAAUUUUCCGUGAAGGUGGGGGCAUCCGCCCCCCCCCCAAGAUUUCCGCCACACCAAGAUUUCCGCCACUGCCUCGCGUGCCCGAUCCCUCGGACUCUUGAGAGACGGACUUGAUCCAAGUCUACAGGUUCCAUUAUUAAUUAAUUAAUUAAAGUUACAUUGCACCCUACUUUAUUAUUUCAAUCUGUCUAAUGCCAGAUGAUAAAUGCUGCAGUGCUCAGAUGCAGUUAGCACAAUAUAUCCUUACCACUUUUUGUUCAUAAUCCAGGUAAAAGAAGAUAAAAUGAAUACCAAUCUGUGGCAUUUGAUGUUUACCAUAGAGAGAGAUAAAAAGAACUUGGAAGGUAAUUGUGACUUCAAUGAUUAAUUAAAUGGAAAAGGCCUUUAGUUAGUAGUUAGUUUCAUGGUGUGGGAAAAAUACAAAGAUUUUAUGUUUUUUUAGUACACAGUUCGGACACAAACUGCGUAUAGCUGGUAUUAAUAAAUCAUAACUUACUCUUGUAUAGGCAUUAAACCAUAACUCUAUAAAUUACAGCAUUGUGUGAUGUAACCAUGGUUACUAUGCCCUACCAUUGCACCCCAUAUUGCUCCCUACUUUAUUAUUUUACUCUGUCUAAUUCCAGAUUAUUUCACUCUUACUUCACUUUACUUGUCAAGGGGAGAGUGCUGGCCAGCACUGAUCAAUAGAUACUCAGACUAUAUCUGCGUCAGUUAGUCCCUUAAGUUGCAUUACACCCUGUCUUCCGAUCUCUACUUUGUUGUGUUACUCUGUCUAAUGCUAGAUUAUUUUACUCAUCAAGGCACCAAAAAUUCAAUAUUUUUUUAGAAGCAGUAUUUGCCAUACAACAAUGUCUGAAAGAUAAUGAAGAAGUUGCUUUGUAUUGGAUAGACUUGGCUGAAACAUAUGCACUGCUUUCAACCUGCUUUGAUUGGUUGAAUGACCUAAAUACCUGCCAAUAUCUGGAACAAAACGUAGAGCUUGAGAACUUAAACCAAAGAUUAUUAAAUUGUGAAUCAAAUAAAAAUCCAGUUGGCUUAACAGCAAAAGGGAGCCUGUCUUCAGAAUGCAGGAAGAUGCCGCCAUCUAGUAUUUCUUGUAAUGUGGAAGGGAAGGAGGUACCGGAAAAUGAGUUAAGGAAUAAACAUGCUGCAAACGAGGCACAGGAUGAUUUACAAAACACAGAAAUGAAAAUGCCUUGUAAUGUGGACGAGUUAGAUAAAGAAUUGUUAUGGAAUGAAUGUGCAGAUACCGAGAGAAAAGAAGACCUACUAAACAUUGCAGAAAAUGCAGUUACAAACACGAUUGCUUCAAAAGGAAGUUUGUCUUGUACUGUGGAAGGAAAAGACUUACUAGAUCGACGGUUGUUGCAGUCAAAUAAACAUACAGAAGCUGAUACAAAAGACAUACUAAAUACGAGAAUGUUGAAUUGUUCAAUUGAAGAACCAGAUACGACUCGUUCUGAAGAGAGCGCGUCUGUGGGAAUCAACAAAUUAAAGAAUUAUGCAGAAAACCAUCAUUAUUGCUAUUGUGCUUUGUGUGCCCUCGUCAUAUCAAGGUAGGUCGAGUUUUAUAAUAAUAAUAAUAAUAAUAAUAUUUAUUCAAGAAGCUCCACUCACUGAAGUGUUUUUCAGCUAGUCCUGUGUUUUGAGGUAGUAUGUUGCAUUCUUACCAAAGAAAGCUUUGGUAAUAUAAUAAUUAUAUUUAAUUUACUAAAAAUAUGUUCAUUUGUAGGUUUUUACUGCACAAAUAUUCUACUCGCUCUCAAUUUACAAAAUGUGGAAGAAGACAUGGAAAUAUUCUCAAAGUAAGUAUAAUGGUAUAAUUACACCUCUGUCAUACGCAGAAUGACAAUUGUAUACGACUAGUUGUAUUGUGUAAAUGGGCUUAAUGAAUUUUUUAGGUAAACUUCUUGAUCAAAAACAUAACUUGUGCUACUAAUGAAAUAGUGAAUGAAACAAGGAAGGUAUGGGUCAAAUAUUUGUUCCUAGACCGUUCAUACAAACAAACAGCCAAGCGAUCACAGACAACCACAGGCCCAGUGUGGCGGGGUCACAGCGAGGAUGGGUACCAAGUUUCAAACAUUUUUCGGAAUGAAAACGGAAAUAAAAACACCGUUCAUAUUAAGGCAUGCAAUGCUCUAUACUUUGUUGUUUUAAUCCAUCCAUAAGCGUGCAAGGGGGGGGAGGCAGCUGCCCCCCAGAAAAAUUGAAGUUGGGCAAAUUGUAAAUUAAUGUAUAACUUUUCCCUUUCCUUUCUUCAUCUUUCUCUAGUGGUCAAAGACAGAAACAGCACAAUUCCUUAAAUCAUUGAAGAUUACAUGUCCUCGUUUAGGAAAGCAAUGUGUAAUAUAAAUGAACGUAGCUUUUACUAGCUUGAAUUGAGACUCAAAAUGUUCAAUACUCGACCAUUACUUAGAAUGUAAAUUUUUUGUAGUUAGAUAUAAAAUUAUAAUAAUAAUAAUUUUCACUCU